AUGACGCAUUUAAAUCUUCUUGAAAAAUUCGUUAUUGGAGAAGAUGACGACUCAGAAUACGUUUCCGAAUUUUACAAAUCUGAUGUUGAAUCUGAGCGACUGAAAUUGCAUAGAAAUACGUUUUUAGAUAACUUAAAAAGCAGAAAUAUCAAAGUUUCUUGCAUAUCUGAUAUAACAAACAUUUUGAAACAAGAAGAGAACGAUUUUAUGUUAAAACUCUCUUCCGAAUGUGUUCAGUUUAUUAAAAUUAUACUUACCAUUCCUGUUACCUCAUGCACCCCAGAGCGCUCCUUUUCUGCCCUGAGAAGACUUGAAACAUAUUUAGAUCAAGAAUGA